UUCUCUCCUCCACCUCCACCUCCCUCCAUAUCAUCCAUUACUUACCAUAUUCCCCGAAUUUUGGGAGACUCCCCUCCUCCAAUAACUACCAUGUUGGUCUCCUUGACCGUGGGCAAGGUGGACGCCGGUGUCGCCGUCCUCCUGACCCAAGAUAACCGACUCAUCGAAUUCCCCUCCGUCCUCCUCCCCAGCAACAUCACCUCCGGCAGCAUCGUCGACAUCACCGUCGCGCGCAACCAUGCCGCGGAAGUGGCCAAUGCCACUGCCUUCCAGAGCCUCCAGAAACGCAUCCUCAACACAUACGGAGUGAAGACGCCCUCCCCGCCCGUGCUGCGACUGCGCAAUGCUACGCAGACCUCCCUGGUGCUGGAGUGGGACCCCGUCGAUCUGGCCACGGCCUCGCUCAAGUCGCUCUCGCUGUACCGCAAUGGCUCCAAGGCCGGGUCCAUCCCCCGUCCCCUGGAGACGCGCAGCACCAAGAUCAGCGGGCUCGCCAUCCACACCGAGUACUCGUUCCACCUGGUGCUCCGCACGACGGCCGGCACCUACCAGUCGGAGAAGUUGACGUGCCGCACCCACAAGAUGACCGACCUGUCCGGUAUCACGGUCACGGCGGGCGUGCUGCCGCCGCCACAGAAGGAGGCACUAGCGUCUGCCCUGGACCGCAUCGGCGGUCGGCUCAUCGACUCGGUGCGCAUCGACACCACCCACUUCGUCUGCACCGAGGGCCGCGGCCCCCUGUGGGAGAAGGCCGUCGAGAUGAACAUCCCCGUCGUGGUCCCCGAAUGGGUCGACGCCUGCGAGUCCGAGGGCACCAUCGUCAGCGUCCGCGGCUACUACCUCAACGCCGACCCGAAGACCCGCCAGCUGGGUCCCAUCCAGGGCUCCACCCAGCACCAGCGCACCAUCUCGUCCGCCACCUCCGCUCACCGUCACACUCCGUCGUCCCCCUCCGUCCAGCUACCUGUGUCGAGCGACGGGCGGCGGCCAACCCUGUCGCAGGAUCGGACACGACAGGAAAGCAACACUCCCGGCGACCCGCCCAUCACCCCGUUCCCCGGCCAGCACAUGAGCGGCCAACCCACUGCCGAAGAGAGCGAGGUGGCCUCCGCCGACGAAGACGACGAAUCCCCGCCGCCCCCGCCCCCCAAGGACGAAACAUCCCUGGAGCAAAACGGACACGCCGAGUCUGUAGACCAGAAAGAAACCAACGGCCAUCCGGAGGAGGAAGCGAAAGAGGAAGAGGAAGAGGAAGAAAAAGAACAAGAGGAAGAGAAAGAGCCGGAGGAAGAGAAAGAGGAAGCUGACGAGAAAAAGCAAGAGAAAGGCGAAGAAACCAAAGCACCUGAACCAGAAAAGCUAAAGAAAGUAGAAAACCCAUCCGCGGAGGAUUCCUCCUCAGCCAGCGACGGAAAGAAGUCGGAUUUCAACGAAGUCCCUCUAUAAACAUCAAGCUUAUCAAUUGAAUCAAUUGAGUUAGUCAGUUACCUUAACGAAUGGGAUAUACGGGAAUCGUUGAACCAACGUGAGCUUUUUUUAUAGCCUCUUUCUGCUUUCUUCUCUUUCUACUCUGCUCUUUGGUGCCUAUUCUUCGUGUUGUGUGUUCUAUCUAUAUCCUUUUUCUUUAUCUUGAUCUUUUUUCUUUUCUUUUUUAAAUUCAUCUACCUAUCUAUUUAUCUAUCUACAUAUUUAUUUUACCCUAGUCUUUUUAUCUAUAUUUUUAUAAGUUUAUCA